GGCGGUCACGUGCCGGGGGGGCGGCGCCUUCCCCGCUCGGCCUCAGCGUCGCGCUCGGGCGCGCGCGUGGCGUCACGCGGUGCUGGCCAUGGCGGCUCCGGGGGAGCGCGGGGCUGGGGGCGCCGCCGAGGAGGCGUUCCUCACCUUCUACAACGAGGUAAAACAAAUUGAAAAACGAGACUCUGUUCUAACAUCAAAAAACCAAAUUGACAGGCUGACCCGACCCGGAUCUUCCUAUUUCAACUUAAAUCCUUUUGAGGUACUGCAGAUGGAUCCUGAAGCCACAGAUGAAGAAAUAAAGAAAAGGUUUCGGCAGUUGUCAAUAUUGGUACAUCCAGACAAAAAUCAAGAUGAUGCAGACAGAGCACAGAAGGCAUUUGAAGCUGUGGAUAAAGCUUACAAGUUGCUGCUAGAUCAGGAGCAAAAGAAGAGAGCCUUGGAUGUGAUACAGGCAGGAAAAGAAUAUGUGGAACAUACUGUGAAAGAAAAAAAGAAGCAGUUGAAGAAAGAUGGAAAACCUCCCAACGUAGAAGAGGAUGAUCCUGAAGUUUUCAAACAAGCUGUGUACAAACAGACAAUGAAGCUCUUUGCUGAACUGGAAAUUAAGAGAAAAGAAAGAGAAGCUAAAGAAAUGCAUGAAAGGAAACGACAGAGGGAAGAAGAAAUUGAGGCACAGGAGAAAGCUAAACGAGAGCGAGAAUGGCAGAAGAACUUUGAGGAAAGUCGGGAUGGUCGUGUGGACAGCUGGAGAAAUUUCCAGGCAAAUACCAAGGGGAAGAAAGAAAAGAAAAACAGGACCUUCCUGAGACCUCCCAAAGUAAAAAUGGAGCAGCGUGAAUGAUCCUGGCAGCACUGCCCAAGUGCAGAUCCUCAGUCCCCUCCCUGCUUUUAAGGACUCAUUGGCACCUAGAGUAAGGAUUGCUUUUUAGUAGACUGUUUGUUUCCAGUACAAUUAAUUAUUGGUCAAAGUAUUUUUUGUACUCUGUCCAUUUGAACUAGGGCCAUAGUAUGAACCCAGCCAGGAACCCGCUACAUGUAGAAUACUUGGCUUAGGAGUGUCCCGCCAUUAUUGCUGUCCCGUCUGUCUGCUGACCUGUAAUUCAAUGUUUUGUACUUUACAGAGAUUGUGCUGUUUCACCAUUAUUCAUUUCUAGUUUGAGAGCUGAACACAGUGUCAGAAAUGUACCUGUACCUGUCCAGGCGUCACCUUUCUCAGCAAGUUCAGCUUCGGAAAGGUCCGAACUGACUCUGGGAAUCUGCUUCCAGCACUGUGCAGUGCAGCUGACCUGCAGUUAAAGUCCUGCAGCUCCUCACUGAACUGAGUGGUGCUUGGAAGGACCCUUCUCCCCAAGGUCUGAUUUCCAAACUGAAAAAAAAUCCCAGCUCUCAGGCUUUGACUCCUGUUAAUCUCAGACCAGUUGGUCACUUUCUGUGAAGGAAAAAAUAACGUCUCUCAAUUAAUAGUUAAGUUGCAAUGGUCUGUAUGUAAAAUAAAUUUUUACCCAAA